CAUUGACACGCAACAAAAGAAGAAGAGACCAAACUAGACGCAUCGACGGAAAAAGUAGCGUAUAGUAGUUACUGGCCUAGAACGAAAAACACCAGUUGCAACAAUUAAACUCGAAUGAAUAUUUAAACCCACAGUUCUGCAUUUAAAAUUUAACCUUAAACCCGACAAAAUCCCUACGAUUGUCCACACGUGACGUGUCACGUCGAGGCGCGGGUCAAGAGCAUUCUGGGGAAAACUUUUGUCCCGUUAGAGGGCAGUAAAACGACAUUUCCCAGGGGCAACUGCGACAUGCAGGAUACGAAACACUGCUCAAGUAAUUCACCUUCAGCGCAGUUUUCUAAAAACAUUAUUUAAUUGCGUAUAUAGUGUUAAUUUAUCGCUCAAUAUGAACGGGACUAUGCACUGUGCGUCCACUGCAACAGAGAUCAUAUUGAAAAGAGGACCAGCAGGCCUAGGGUUCAACAUUGUGGGAGGUGUGGACCAGCAGCACAUUCUGAAUGACAGCGGGAUCUACGUCGCUAAGAUCAAGGAGAACGGAGCGGCCGCACUGGACGGGAGACUGCAAGAGGGCGACAAGAUCCUGGAGAUUAACGGGCACAAGCUGGAGGGCCUGUCGCACGGAGCCGCGGUGGACCUGUUCCGAACGGCCGGGGAGGACGUGCAGCUCCUUGUGCUGAAGAUGCCGAUUAACGGCCCCUCGAGACCCCGGCCUGACGCCGAGCCAUCCUCCUACACCAUCGGAAUGUGGGGUUUAGCCGCGGUGGCCGUGGCCGUUGCCUUCGUCUUCGUACGCUACCAAUACCACCUUCGGAGGCGCUUCUAAAUAUUCUCCCACUUUGUUCCUUUCUUUGUUUUUUUUACGGACAAAAAGAAAAGGCUGAAUGAUAAUUUUGCUUAGGGCCAAAAAAAAAAAAAAAAAGGAGAGUUGAAACAAACCAAGCCAUUUCUCCUUACUUCACUGUUGUUCAUAUUAUUAUUAUAUAAUUGAUUAUGUUGUGAUAUUCAUAGCUGCUUCACCCACAUUUUAAGUGUUUAUUUUACCUUGCAAAUGGUAGAGGAAAGGUUAGAAAAGACAGACAACACUUUCCCCCUCUUUCCAUGAAAGGUCUUUAUACAAGCUGGUCGGUUGUGUGUCUCAGGGGAAUAUUUGGAGCAGGGUCAACAGGAAAAGGGGCUCAGAAUGUCAGGCCGAAGUCAAAGUUUUCUGUGUCAGUUGGAGUGUGUUCUGGAACUGAAAUCCAGUUCUCUGUUCUGUGCUGAGCCUUGCAGGUUUUCUGGAGGUUCUGCACAGAAGCUCUUUAAAUGUUGUGUUCCAUCUCUGUUUCUAGCAUCAUAUAUCCCCAUGAAUAGGUGUAAAAUUACGUACAGCCAUUCAAAAGCUUUGCCUGUUCGAUUGUUUUUCUGUAAGGGUCACACUGAACGGUUCUUUUGAAGGGGCCCAUUAAAUGGUAAAUGGUUGACAUUUAUAUAGCGCCUUUAUCCAAAGCGCUGUACAAUUAAUGCUUCUCAUUCACCCAUUCAUACACGCACUCACACACCAACGGCGAUUGGCUGCCAUGCAAGGUGCCGACCAGCUCGUCAGGAGCAUUUAGGGGUUAGGUGUCUUGCUCAGGGACACUUCGACACAGCCCGGGCAGGGGAUCAAACCAACAACCCUCCCACUGCCAGACGACUGCUCUUACUGCCUGAGCCAUAUCGCCCCCAUUAGCCACCUGGGUAAAGAUAAAGGGGUUUUAACAUGAACACAGAGAUUUGGCUUAAAGGUUUCCAUUGGCCUGGUCUCUCAAAAGCAGUGGGUUUUUUUUGUGCUGGCAUCACAAUUUAUACUUAAGGAAAACUAUUAAGAAAAUGCUGGUGUUUUUUCAGGCAAAUGAAAAAAGUUCUAAAAAAAUACAUCACUGUCAAGCUUUGAGUCCUUGUCUUAAUCACCUGCUGAUUGGCUUGCAGAGAUGCACAACAUAUUUGUACUCUGGGGGAGAAAAGGAAAGGCCUUUAACCAUCCACAGUUUGUACAGAAAAUCUGCAUUGGCCUAAGGUUGGAAGGUUUGUCUCCCUCUGCAUGUGUGUAGGAAUAUGUCCUCCUGUAUAGUUUUGUCUGUUGUCAUUAAGCAUAGUAUUGCUAUCAGAUCGUAGAGUUUUUAAGCACUCGAUAAUAAUCAGUGUGUAUGCAAUGUGACCAAUUGGUCAGAUUCAGGUUGAAAUUCUAUGCCUUAUGUACAAAUCACUAUUCUCAAUUUAGGCAAUUGUAGAUAAGUUCACACAAUCUGAUACCUGGUUACUGGUGUCCCUCCCAUGUGCCUGAUUGGCCAAAGAAUCUAAGGAAUUACACUGGGGUUGAUGUAAUGACGUUUUGGACAUAUCAGAGAUUAACUGUAUUUAAUCACGGCACUGUAAUAACUACCAUUAUUAAAGCUUGUUGGUUUAUUGAGCUUCACUGUGAAUUUCUAGUGGGAGUUUCAGUUCAAUUAAAAUGUGCAAUGAACUAUAAAAUGGUAAUCUUGAAGAAGAGAUAGGCAGAGGAUGCAGGCUCAUGUUUGUAGAUUGCCCAUGCAAACGAAAAUGGUGUGUCUGUGUGUGUAUGUGUGUGUGUGUGUGUGUGUGUGUGUGUGUGUAUGUGUGUGUGUGUACAUGCAUGCAUGUGUGGGUAAGGACAUUAAUCAGAUGUGUUGUGAAAGGGAAUGGCGAGUUGUCACUAACAAUUGAAAUGAUAAAACUGCAUGUGUGAAGUUUUUUUUUUUUAAACUAUAUUUUCCACCUAAACAACUUUCAUUCAUGUGUAGCAUUGUAAUCCUUCUCUUUAAUGUGUGUUGUCUGUGCUGGGCCAUAAAGAAAGGGACAAGAAGACAUUAUCCACGAUAAUAUGCACUGUGGCUCUAUUGUACUCAAUAAAACAAGAGCCUUAAAUUGGAAAGUGUGAUCCAUGUGGCAGUGGUUUCGCACUCAUAUACUCUUGUUUAAGUACAGUAUGCACUGAUGAGCCACAACGUUAAAGUCACGUGCAUGACAUUGUGUAUGUCCCCAUUUUUCCAGCUUCCCAACACAUCGGACUGCUCCCUUGCUACCUAAUAUAUCCCACCCCUUGACAAGUGCCAUUGUAACAAGACCAAUGUUACUCACUUCACCCGUUAGUGGUUUUAAUGUUGUGGCUGAUCCGUAUGUGACUUCCUCAAAAUUAAAUCAAAAUGAAUUCCUUAAUUAACUCAUCAAAAGCAUUGCACGAUCAGAGUGCAGUAGCUGAUUGGUUGACGUAAAGGCCAGUGAUGAUGUAUCUGAGGAUGCGUAGGAAGUGGAGAAACCUGACUGGAACCUGUCUUAAAAUGAGGCUUGUGGCAAAAGGAAGAGGGUGAUUUGCAUUCUCUGCUAUACUGAGAUUAUUGCACAGUUUCCAGUUAUGGGAAAAGACUGAAGGAGGAGUAGGUUAGUUUAUUCUUCUGUUUAGUAGAUGGAAACCUUACACUGCGGGCAAGCGAAAGCCAGGGAUGGUAAGAAUGUCUGACUUCUUUAAGCAAUUUAAAACUAUUUGAGUCUUCCAUCAAAUUACAUGAAAUCAACACACAAAAAGAAGCCAAAUCUAUGUAACUGUGUUGUGUCCACACAGUUCUGUGUCUGUCUUCGUCCUACACGUGGGUAUGAGAAAUGAGUGUAAAUUCUUGCCUUAAACUUAAAAGUUAUUGUUACAAACUAAAAGCAAUCGACAAUAAACCUCUCAAUGUUGGAAACAUCAA